AUGAAAAUUCAUGAAAAAGAUGAACUACUGUUGUGUAAAUUUUAAACUGAUACUCUACAGUAAGAAAAGCUGAAUCAAUAAAUUCAAGUAAAAUCUCUAUUUAAUCAUAGUAAAAUUACGUUUUUUAAACCAAUUCAAGGAUUGAAAAAUAAACAUUAAUCCCCUCAAUUUAAGCAUCUAAAUGUGGCUAAAAUAAUAAAUGUAUGAAACUAUUCAUAUACUUUAAGAAUGUUUAUAAGAAUAAAAGAGUACUCCUUCAGAAAAUAAUCGGAAGUUCUAAGAACAAUCUUAAUUGAAUUAAAAUGAUCUUUCAUCAAAAUGUCAUUUAUUGAAAAAUAAUACAGACUCAUUAAAAUCAACAUAAAUGUCUAUAAAUUACCAAUUAAUAGAUGACAAUUUAACCUGCACAUCUUAAACUUCAUCAGUGUAUACAUUUAUAAUAAUAUUCAGUAGUAAAUCAAUAGGAAAACAAAAAAUAUCAAUUCAAACAAAGAAAAGAAUUAAGAAACAAAAGAGCAGUAUUCUUGGACUUACUAAUUAACCAGUCAGUAGAAAAAAGAUUAAUAUAAAUCGUAAAAUUUCGAGAAAAGAAGAAAAAUCAAUACCAAACAUUUUACCUUUUUAAAAUGAGAAAGAUUAAAUUGUUUCAGUUCCAAUAAUAGAAACUCAUAUUCAUUAAGAUGUUCUAUUGAGUGAAAAAAGUAAAUAAUAGUUUUAUUCUAUAUUUUAGCAUUCUCAUUAUAAAAUUAAUAUUAUAUGCACAAUUUAUUUGGUUUUAUAAUGGGAUCCCUGAAAAAUAGUUUUAUGGCCUAAAUGUACAUAAGCCACUUUUCUCAAUUAUAUGAUAAUCUAUAAAAAUCAAAAUUAAUUGAAUGCCCAUUAGAGUAUAAACUGUCCAAUAAAAUUUAACCUUUAAAAAGUAUAAAAUUUAAUUAUAUAAAGAACCAUAAAAGACCCUAAUAAUAGAUUUAGAUGAGACAUUAGUUCAUUGUAAUGAAUAUAGCUGUUUAAAGAGCGACUUUUUCAUUCCUAUGAGUUUUAAUGAGCAAAUCUAUUAGGUAAGUUAUAAUUUUUAUUAUAGGUUGGAAUAAGUAUAAGGCCUUAUGCUUAAUAAUUCUUAAAAAGUAUGGCUCAAGAAUAUGAAAUAAUGAUAUUUACUGCUUCCAAUCCAGAUUAUGCGAAUAAAAUUAUUGAUUAUUUAGAUCCAUAACGAAAUUUAGUAUCUUAUAGAUUAUUUCGUGAUGAUUGUAUUCAAAUAUCAAAUAAUUGUCACAUAAAAGACUUAAGGAUAUUGAAUAGGGAUAUGAAAGACAUAGUUUUAAUAGAUAAUUCUGCUUACUCAUUUGCAUUUUAAGUAGAAAAUGGGAUACCAAUUAUACCAUAUUUAGAUGAUAAAAAUGAUAAAGUAUUAAAAACCCUAAUAAAUUUAUAGGAACUACUACAUUUGUAACAUUAUCUCAAACAUGUACUUCAAUUUGAUGAUGUUCGUAGUUAAAACAAUAAGAUUUUUAACUUGAAAAUAGUGCAAAAUUGUGUUUCAAUUACCGAGGCUAUAAAGAAAUUAGUAGCCUCGAUCUCAAAAUGACCAAUUUUGUGAUUAAUAGCUAUGAUUAUUAAUUAUAAUUAUGUAUUAUAAAUUAAAGGAAG